AUGGCGCCUCUCUGCGCAGAUCCGCGCCAGAUCGUGAUAGCCCUGAAUCCCGCCAGGCGAAAGGCGCUGCUAUCUCUUGUCCAGGAGAUCAUUUCUGGCAUGAUCUCCGAGCUGGAGACUCAUCCUGACGAAUUAGGAUCCAUCGCACCAGAGGACGAAGGCAAUCGAGACGAUGAAUCGGUCUCGCCAGACCUGUCUGAGAAAGCCGGGCGCUCUGCAUCUCAAGGCGGCAGGGCUCAGAGCGUGUCGCUGCAGAAAGUAAAAACCACCAACGAGGCAGAGAAAGUUCUCGGGGCGGCAUUGGCAUACACGCUGGAGUGGCGAGAUGAAGUCGUAUCCAAGCUUGAAGAGAUUGUGAACGUGGAAGAGACGAACAAGAUUACAACUGAGAGGAAGACUCGACGUGAGGCUUUGGACAAGAAGAAGCUGGAUAUGCCCAGUAACGAUCGCUUUCUCGUUGAUGUGGAUGGCAUGCCUGUUGAUGAGACAGAAGAUGUUUCCAUGCUGCAGUCGGUAUAUAAACCGAUACCCACCAAGUUGACAACCAUCCCCAUCGAGGAUCGAGAAGAAGCCCUCGGCUGUGUGCUGCUAUUGCUUCUCUCUACAGGGGUAUACUCAGCUCACUCUCGUGCCUUGGUGCUUUAUCUGGCGUCAUCGCUGGGGAUUUCUUCAACGUUUCUUAACAAGGAAGAAUCAGAAAUCGCCAUGUCGCUGAUGGAGUCCUCUACAGCUAACAAAGACACAAAGGAAGCCAUGUCUGCCGACGCUGAGGCCGCCAAGCGCAAACAACAGAACAAGGUCAGUCGCUUCUGGAAAGUCGGGCUGGCAUCUGUAGCUGGCGCUGCGGUUAUUGGAGUUACCGGAGGCUUGGCCGCUCCUCUGGUUGCCGGAGCGCUUGGGGGUAUUCUUGGAGGCGUUGGUCUAGGAGGUGUUGCAAGCUUUCUCGGUAUCUUCUGGAUGAACGGGGCUUUGGUUGGAACUCUUUUUGGAGCCUAUGGCGCCAAGAUGACUGGCGAAAUGAUGGAUAACUACGCGAAAGAGGUCGAGGAUUUCAAAUUUCUUCCUCUCAGAGAAGAGUCUACAACAGGUGACCCGGAGGAAAUUACCAAAGAGCAAAAAGAGCAGCGUCGUCUCCGCGUUACUAUCGGAAUCAAUGGUUGGCUUAACACAGAAGAUGAUAUCAAGAAACCCUGGCGCACUCUGAGUACCGACACCGAAGUCUUUGCUCUACGCUACGAGAUGAACGUUCUUCUUAAACUGGGCACCGCACUAACCGACCUUGUCCGCUCCGUUGCCUGGAAGGCCUUCAAGGCAGAAAUCAUCAAGCGGACCUUGCUGGCGACUCUCUGGGCUGCCCUCUGGCCGAUUCAAGUCUUGGCCGUUGCUUCCAACGUGGACAAUCCGUUCAACCGUGGGCACAACAGAUCCCGAAAGGCUGGGCAGCUUCUCGCCGAUGCACUCAUUAAUAAAGUCCAGGGCGAACGGCCCGUCACACUGAUGGGCUAUUCCCUCGGCGCUGCAACCAUCCAUGCCUGUUUACAGUCUCUUGCCGAACGUCAUGCCUUUGGUCUAGUCGAUACGGUCAUCCUUAUCGGCACUCCAGCCCCCUCCAGCUCAGCUCACUGGCGGACAAUCCGGCCUGUUGUCUCAGGAAAGAUCUUCAACGUCUACUCCGAGAAUGACAUGGUCUUGGGCUUCGUCUACCGAAUGCACAGUCUCGCCCUCGGAGUCGCCGGCCUGCAGCCCAUCAAAGACGUCAACGGGAUCGUGAAUGUGAACUUGAGCGAUAGUGUCAGCGGCCAUCUCCGAUAUCCCUCCCUCACGGGCGAGAUCUUGCACAAAUGUGGCUUCGUAAACGUCAAGGCCGGAACGGAAAUCGAAACGGAAGAGGACGUCAUCCAGAUGAAAGACAAGGAAGCAGACCUUCUCGACUUUAGUGAAGGACAUGAUGACCACUUCAAGGCCGUAGACAAGUCUGCCGAGUCUCUUCAAGGUCUGACAAUUACGCCUCCGGCUCUUUUGCCAAGCUACGAAGCUGCUACCAAGCCUGCCAUCUCCAGACGACCUGUCGGCGGGUCUGGACCAGAAUCUCCGCGCCCUCCUCCUCGAACGGCAGAGUCUGUACCUCCAAUCGCGAUGCAUGACGAAGAUGAGAUCCCUCCACCUCUACCCAGACGCCAGACCGUUCCCUUGCAAGAGAUUCGGAUUCCUCGACGCCCAGUUCCGACCAAGACUGAGGAGCCUGCUAGCCCAAAAACGCCACUGACUCCGCAGUACGAUUCCGAUGAUGAACGCCACGGGUCUAUUUCGAUGGUAGACAGGGACGUGGAUGAUGAUUGA